ACUCCACCAACCAACCACGGAGCCAGGAUUAGAAUAGCGGCGCCGAUGGGCUGGGCUUGGCGCCAUCCACCAACCGCCCCCCGACGGCCGACGCCAUGCUCUCCCUCGCCCGCCGCCCGCUCUCCGCCGCCGUCCCCGCCGGCAACCUCCUCGGCAUCCACCUCUUCCAGUGCCCCGACGCGGUGGGCAUCGUGGCCAAGCUGUCCGAGUGCAUCGCCUCCCGCGGCGGCAACAUCCACAGCGUCGACGUCUUCGUCCCCGACGACGCCCCCGUCUUCUACGCCCGCAGUGAAUUCACCUACAACCCGAGGCUAUGGCCGCGCGACGUGCUUCGCGCCGACUUCCUCCGCCUGUCGGACUGCUUCAGCGCGCAAAAAUCCACUGUGCGAGUACCUGACAUCGACCCCAAGUACAAGAUUGCAGUCCUCGCUUCGAAGCAGGACCAUUGUCUGUUUGACUUGCUGCAUAGAUGGCAAGAAGGCAGGCUUCCAGUUGACAUUCAUUGUGUGAUAAGCAACCAUGAUCGACCUGUAGAUAACCAUGUGAUGCGUUUUCUUCAGAGGCACGAAAUCCCCUAUCAUUACUUACCAACGACUUCUGGGAAUAAAAGGGAACAAGAGAUAUUAGAAUUGAUUGAAGAUACAGAUUUUGUUGUGCUGGCAAGAUAUAUGCAGGUAAUGUCUGAAAGCUUUCUUAAAGCAUAUGGGAAAGAUAUUAUUAAUAUUCACCAUGGCCUCCUUCCCUCGUUCAAAGGAGGAAGUCCUUCUAGACAGGCCUUCAAUGCUGGGGUGAAGUUGAUUGGUGCGACUAGCCAUUUUGUUACUCCAGAACUUGAUGCUGGGCCAAUCAUUGAGCAGAUGGUUGAACGGGUUUCUCACAGGGACACAUUACAUAGCUUUGUUGUCAAGUCUGAGAACCUUGAGAAGCAGUGCCUAGCAGAAGCUAUCAAGUCAUACUGCGAGCUCCGUGUGCUACCAUAUGAAGUGAUGAAGACUGUUGUGUUUUGAACCCUUUUUUUUUAUGAAUUUUUACGAUGUGUAUUCUUUUUCCAAAACUAGCAAUACAUUAUUCUUUUGUUAAUAUACUCACGUCGAGCCAUUAGGUGUAUCUUAACCUGGGCCGAACUUAUGAGAAUAAUCAAGCAGUGUUACUGUUACA